CAUCCCAGAUGUUAUCUUGUUGCUAUCCGAUAUGAGACGAGCCAGCCCAUGCUCGCCCCCUUUCUUGCAUCACGCUGGUGUUCCAGACGGGCCCGCGCCUGGGAGCUGUCCCAUCCUUAAUGGUGCUGAACCCGCGGCGAGAAGAGAACCAUCGAGUCGAACGGAUUUCAAAAGCACAGAGACAACGGCCACAUCAACCACCUCUCUCCGGUUUCGCUGCUCCUGUCGACCCAAAGACAUGACAAUAACCGUUUUGGGGUGAAUUAAAGCACUGUUAUGUCGUUAAAAUAUGUGGAUUACCCGCUUGUAAAGAGGAUGCUCCGUGUGAGAGAAAAUGACGGUAGGAGGCUAGGCUCAGUGGAAGCGAAGCCCAGGGCAUGUUCGUGACAUCCCUAAAUUAUCUUGUAGGCUUUUGUUGUGGGAAUAGCCUCAACCUUCUCAGACAGACCGUUGAAUUGACAGGCGACGAACGCAAACUACCGUGGAAACUAUAUUAGACUGCAGCCGAGGACAUAACCUUUUAAGCAUCCAUCAGGAUGAGUAUAGAGAAAGGAUGAUUUAAGCAGGGCUCGACUGGUCAACGGGGUGGGGGGUGGCGGUUAUAUCAAGGAGCAGUGGCCACAUAGCGACUGUUAUUACAACAUGUAACUGGACAUUGUUGGUAGAAGGCCCGUAAAGAAACAGAGGUGUUGGAUUAAUGGAACAUGAUAGGAUCGAUAAAGGGCAACGGGAGAGCAGGCGAGACACGAAUGAAAAGAUCGCAAUACUGUAGUCCUGUUCCCAAGAUCCGGUUUGUGAUGCCAUUAGAAUGAAAUGGGAAGAUGCUCAGCUAUGUGCCUGCCCAUUUUCUCUAAGGUAUAUGAGACAUGUAAGUCUAUUUGUUUGAUAUAUAGUCAGGGUUUUCCUGUAACCUGAGCAAUUACUUAGUUACAGGCAUACGCGAGCUCCAAGGCUAGUGCACGAUAGGGUUAUCUGACAAGGCUGAGAAAUGAUGUGCGGUGGUGCGCGCACACCAACUCAUUCGAUUUAUUCAGGCUGAUUCGAUAUUAGAAUUCAGAGCUAAAUUGAAAAUAGCUGUUGAGAGAAAGAAUGUCAUUCAGCCCAACUGGAAAAGUCACAACAGAGAAAACUCCUCUUUCGGAUAAUCCUCAACGAAAUAACAGUAAGCGUUUCCUUUUCUCUUCCUGUGCUCUGCACAUUUCUGAAUAGGAAUCUCCACCUGUAUGCUCAUAUCGAAACAGACACAUGUUGUUGUCUCUCUGGGUGGUUGUAUGGUGCUGGGGAUUGUUGAGCCGGAGACCGAUGCUGCUCCGCCGCCAGGGCAUGUCCAAAGGCCGCUGUUGCGUUUUGUUCAGUGACCUGAAGGUUUUCUUACUCAGACCGCCGGUCCCGGCUCCGCCACCGGCGAUCAUCCCCAUGAACGGACAAUAUACGGACAGCAAUGGGUCCGGCACCGGCAUUGAUGUUGCCGCCGACAACAGCAACUCUGCAGCGAGUGCACCUCCACCAGAGGCGGAUGGUUAUGCUGCCCCUGUCCCGCCGACAGGAGAGCCUCAUUCUGCCGGGACAAACGAGCCUAAAGCGACAGAGGAAUGGCAGCAUGCUACGGGACAGACUGGACCCCUGGACUAUGGCAGCUCCGAGGAGGACUGCUUCAAAGCGAAGUGUGAGGAGAGAUUCUCCCUGAACAGUCGCACAGACAGUGGUGUUCGGACUCCCCAGUGCAGGAUAUGUUUCCAAGGUCCAGAACAGGGGGAGCUGCUGAGCCCGUGUCGCUGCAGUGGGUCGGUCCGCUGUACCCAUGAGCCCUGCCUCAUCAAGUGGAUCAGUGAGAGGGGCUCCUGGAGCUGUGAGCUCUGCUACUACAAGUACCACGUGGUAGCCAUCAGCACCAAUAACCCACUCCAGUGGCAGGCCAUCUCUCUGACCGUGAUAGAGAAGGUCCAGAUCGCUGCGGCCGUGCUGGGCAGCCUGUUCCUCAUGUCCUCUAUCUCCUGGCUGGUGUGGUCCUCCCUCAGCCCCUCGGCCAAGUGGCAGCGCCAGGACCUGCUCUUCCAGAUCUGCUACGCCAUGUACGGAUUCAUGGACCUCGUCUGCAUCGCGCUGAUCGUCCAUGAAGGCCCCUCGGUGUUCAGGAUCUUUAACCGCUGGCAGGCAGUGAACCCCAGCCUCAAGCGCUGAUCGUCCAUGAAGGCCCCUCAGUGUUCAGGAUCUUUAACCGCUGGCAGGCAGUGAACCAGCGCUGAUCGUCCAUGAAGGCCCCUCGGUGUUCAGGAUCUUUAACCGCUGGCAGGCAGUGAACCAGCACUGAUCGUCCAUGAAGGCCCCUCAGUGUUCAGGAUCUUUAACCGCUGGCAGGCAGUGAACCAGCGCUGAUCGUCCAUGAAGGCCCCUCGGUGUUCAGGAUCUUUAACCGCUGGCAGGCAGUGAACCAGCGCUGAUCGUCCAUGAAGGCCCCUCGGUGUUCAGGAUCUUUAACCGCUGGCAGGCAGUGAACCAGCGCUGAUCGUCCAUGAAGGCCCCUCGGUGUUCAGGAUCUUUAACCGCUGGCAGGCAGUGAACCCCAGCCUCAAGCGCUGAUCGUCCAUGAAGGCCCCUCGGUGUUCAGGAUCUUUAACCGCUGGCAGGCAGUGAACCAGCAGUGAUCGUCCAUGAAGGCCCCUCGGUGUUCAGGAUCUUUAACCGCUGGCAGGCAGUGAACCAGCAGUGAUCGUCCAUGAAGGCCCCUCAGUGUUCAGGAUCUUUAACCGCUGGCAGGCAGUGAACCAGCACUGAUCGUCCAUGAAGGCCCCUCGGUGUUCAGGAUCUUUAACCGCUGGCAGGCAGUGAACCAGCAGUGAUCGUCCAUGAAGGCCCCUCGGUGUUCAGGAUCUUUAACCGCUGGCAGGCAGUGAACCAGCGCUGAUCGUCCAUGAAGGCCCCUCGGUGUUCAGGAUCUUUAACCGCUGGCAGGCAGUGAACCAGCGCUGAUCGUCCAUGAAGGCCCCUCGGUGUUCAGGAUCUUUAACCGCUGGCAGGCAGUGAACCAGCGCUGAUCGUCCAUGAAGGCCCCUCGGUGUUCAGGAUCUUUAACCGCUGGCAGGCAGUGAACCAGCAGUGAUCGUCCAUGAAGGCCCCUCGGUGUUCAGGAUCUUUAACCGCUGGCAGGCAGUGAACCAGCGCUGAUCGUCCAUGAAGGCCCCUCGGUGUUCAGGAUCUUUAACCGCUGGCAGGCAGUGAACCAGCAGUGAUCGUCCAUGAAGGCCCCUCAGUGUUCAGGAUCUUUAACCGCUGGCAGGCAGUGAACCAGCAGUGAUCGUCCAUGAAGGCCCCUCAGUGUUCAGGAUCUUUAACCGCUGGCAGGCAGUGAACCAGCAGUGGAAGGUGCUCAACUACGACAAGAUCAAAGACACUGAGGACCACCACAAAUCCAGGCUCACGCCCAGGCACUUGGCCCUGCCCAACCCCAGGACGAGUGCUCCUCCCGGGGCAGAGCCGGGGGAUGACUUGGUCUCCCCCUCCACCUCCUCCCUCAUGGCCGCGGUGGCCGCCUCCGCGCCUGGCUACACCGUGGCCACGACCACAACCGCCAGCCUGACGACGGUGACGACACAGGACUCAAUGUCGGAGCAGAGCAACGGGGGGCCACCAUCCCUGCCGGACCACCACUGUGCGUACAACAUCCUCCACCUGCUCACCCAGCACCUCUGGACAACGCAGCAGGGGCCCCGGCCCACUCAAGUCCAACCCCAGCCUCCACAGCCCAGCAACAGCAGCCGGGAGCUGGUCAUGAGAGUCACUACGGUCUGAGGCUUCAACUGU